AUGGCCGAAACAGCAGAAGGACCGCAAGGAGGACGAUAUUUUAACAAAGAAAGAAUAAAAUACAGCCCCGAGGAGGAGGCCAGACUGGAAAGGCAGCAUUUCUGGAGAAUAAUCGAUGCUUUUAGAUUUUACAGGGUCCAUGUCCAGGAGCAGGUUAAGCGUGCAGAGCGUCAAUUUCAGAGCCUCCCACCGCACCACCAGAAUUUACUUCCAAAUGUUUUGUCUAACCUGACUCGGAUUCGCCAGUGUGCGGACCACAACCAGGAGAUUCUGCAGGCCAUCGUUCACAACAGCCUCCACAUGUUUGAGAACAUUGAGUAUGGCGAGAGGGAGGAUCCGCGGAAGGUGCGGCCGUCCACUACUUUUGACAUGGACAAGCUUAAAUCCACCAUAAAACAGUUUGUCAGAGACUGGAGCGAGACGGGCCGUAGUGAAAGGGACACCUGCUACCUGCCCAUCAUUCAAGAGAUCCAAAGACUAUUCCCAAGUGACCAAUAUGAUGUGUCUAAGGUGAGCGUGCUGAUUCCGGGUGCUGGGCUUGGCCGUCUAGCCUGGGAGAUAGCACGGCUGGGUUAUAUUUGCCAGGGCAACGAAUGGAGCUUCUUCAUGCUCUUCUCUUCAAACUUUGUUCUCAAUAGGUGUGAACAGCUGAACUCUCUGACCCUGUACCCCUGGAUCCACCAGUUUAGCAACAACAAGAAAUCCGCCGACCAAACGCGAGCAAUCACAUUCCCCGAUGUCAACCCUCAGAGCCUACCGCUAGAUGCAGACUUCUCCAUGGUAGCAGGGGACUUUGUGGAAGUCUACAGGGACUCAGAUUCCUGGGACUGUGUGGCGACCUGCUUCUUUAUUGACACAGCUCAUAAUGUCAUUGAGUAUGUAGAGACAAUCUGGAACAUUCUUAAACCUGGUGGAGUGUGGAUUAACAUGGGUCCACUGCUGUACCACUUUGAAAACAUGGCCAAUGAACUCUCAGUUGAACUUAGCUAUGAAGACAUUAGGACAGCAAUUGUUAACUUUGGCUUCCACAUGGAGGUGGAGAAACAAUCAGUACAGACCACCUACACAGAGAAUGACCGCUCUAUGCUGAGAUACAUUUACGACUGUGUCUUCUUUGUGGCACGGAAACCUGCAGACCUGUAUUUUAAGAAAGAAGAAGAAGAAGACGAAGAAGAAGAAGAUGAUGACCAACAACAGAGUUCUCCACCAGCCGCUAAGUCACAGCGGCGAGAAGGUACCGACAGCCUUACGUGACAGGAAAUCCUUUGACAAAAACAGUGGACUUAGAGGUGUGCCACCAUUGAAAAAGCAAAGAUUGGAUUGACAAAAUGAAAAAGAAAAUGGACACAGAAGGAAAAUAAUCAGUGGACAUCAAUUUUCUUUUUUUGUUAUAUUUUUUUAUGAUGCAUCUCAUGGAGAAACGUGUCUGACUCAGAAGACCCAGCGUUAUCUGAAACACCUUAAAAACAUCUACAUCUAUAGAUACCUGGGUUUGAGAUGAGCCAGUAAGCAUUGUUUUCUGUUUUAGUGGUCUUUGAGUGUUUUCUACAAGCCGUGAAGACUAUAUUUCUUUUAACUGCCUGCUUGACUGCCUGCGGUCUUACUAAUUCCCAUCUCCAUUGACUUUCACUGCCUCAGAGAGAGUGCGUGCGUGCGUGUGCGUGCGUGUGUGUGUGUGUGUGUGUGCGUGCGUGUGCGUGCGUGCGUGUGCGAAAGGACAGCGUGAUGUGCUCAUUAGCUCUUGAAAUCUAUUUAUUUUUUUCAAAUAUGGUGCCAAUUGUUAUGUCUACUCAUUUGAAUUGAAUAUCAAUCCCUGAAAAUGUAAUCAAAACAUUUCUUCAGCUUUUCAGGAAUACAUUGUUUUAAAUUUGGAGAUGACUUUCAUUGACUUUCCUGGUUUCUAAUCACACUUUGGAAUAAAGCCAAACAUUUUAAAAAACAUUAAUAUCAAGAGUUUAAAUAUUUUAAGUUUGAUGCAGUUUUAACGCCGACAUAACAGCCCUCGAACUCAGCUCAUCGUUUGCGAUUAUUUCAGCAUUUUUUGCAAGUGCUGAAAAAGCAAAUGUGUGUUACAGGUGUGAUAAAGAUGCAUGCAUCUUAGUUUAUACUAAAUCAUAUAAGCUACAAUAUAUUUCAAUGCAGACAUUUUGUCUAGCUGUCUAGGAAAAGCACAGGUAGAGACGAUGCUGUUAACGAUGUAGCUGUUCCAUCCAAGGCUAGGAAAGGGAUAUUAAUCUGUCAGAGGUCUCCAAAAUUGUUUCUGUAGAUGAAUGAAAUGACCAGGAUUACAAAUUAGACACUGCUUCGCUCCAUAAAUUUCAUGUCAUUUAACAGAGUUAAUUGCGGCUGUCGGUGGGAGUGCAUGUCACUUUCAGGCUUAUAGACCAACAUCUGUAAGUCCGUUUUCUUCCAAAGCUGCCUUGUUGGAAAAACAAUUUCACCAAAAAAUAUGUAUGAGUGAAAACUGUAUCAAUGACAGCUGGUUAAAGAUAUGUUUUUCAUGUUACAGCUCCUCUCCACUCUGACAGUUGGGUCCCCCCAACCUUCAAACAAAGAGGAUGGAAAAGUUUGAAUAGAGUUUAAAAGUGAAUGUAUGAAUGAGUUGAAAAUGCAUGUUUUUCCCUGAAAAAAAAUUGACUGUUUCGGUAUUAAGGUGUGGAUGAGAAAGAAUGAGUAGUGCCUGUGUCCUGAUUGAGCUGAUUUUGAUGUUUGAAUGAAGUUUCUAUGUUGAAUAAUGUAGAAGGAGUGACAAAAAAACCUGAAAGAAUAAUAAACUUUAAAACUUUAAAAAAGAAUAAUAAAAAAAAAUUGA